AUGUCAAUUACUCACUUUCGAAAUUUCUACACUCCCCAUGGAGCCAAUUCCGAUCUAUCAACCCAUGCAUCAGAGCCCAAGGUGCCUGGCCUUCUUCUCCCCAUGCUGAAAGCAUGCAGUAGCAUGGGGGAACUUAAGCAAGCUCAUUCUCUAAUGAUCAAGAAUGGUUUGGCCCAAGACCAUUUCUUUCUUGGUCGCCUUCUCUUUUUUACUGCUCUCUCUGAACAUGGCAGCCUACACUAUGCCGGCUUGGUCUUCGAUAGCAUCGACCAACCUGAUGCAUUUCUUUAUAACUCUCUCAUCAGAGCCUACUCACAGAGCACUUCUUUCGGAGAACAUGCAAUUCUACUCUAUAUUCAAAUGCGGAAUGAAGGGAUUUUUCCAAACAAUCUUACAUACCCAUUUGUGCUUAAAGCAUGUGUGGGUGGAUUGAGAAUCGAGGAAGGGAGGCAGGUUCAUGGCCAUGUUUUGAAGACUGAAUUCGAAUCUGAUAUCUUCAUAAUUAACAUGCUUCUAAGCCUCUAUGUGAAGGUGGGAGACUUGGAUGGUGCACGUCGAGUGUUCGACAAAAGCCCCAACUUGAAUUCAAUUUCGUGGAACACUUUGAUAAAUGCGUAUGGAAAAAAUGGUGAUAUAUGUACUGCUCGCCAACUUUUUGAUAAAUUACCCCAAAAAUCCAUUGUUUCUUGGAACACUAUGUUGUCUUUGUACUCGGAAGGCGCAGAGAUUGACAUGGCGUGCAAGUUUUUUGAGGAAAUGCCUGAGAGAGAUGUGAUCUCUUGGAACACAUUGAUGACUGGAUUGGUGAGAAAUGGUCGGCACAAAGAAGGUCUAGAGCUUUUCCAUUCAAUGCAAAUUUCAUUGACGACUCCUGAUCAUGGCACUUUUGUCAUGGUCCUCUCAGCUUGUGCUCAUUUGGGGUCUCUAGAACGAGGCCAGCAAAUUCAUGCCCACAUAGCAAAGAAUAACAUCAAAGUAGACGUAGUUUUGAGCACCGCUCUCAUAGAUAUGUAUGCAAAGUGUGGUGACAAAGAGAGCGCAAAGCAAGCUUUUGAAUUGAAGGAUUGUAGCAGAAGGGGUGUAAUGGCCUGGACGGCCAUGAUCUCAGGGCUAGCCAUGCAUGGCCAUGGAAAAGAUGCCCUCCAACUCUUCUCAGAGAUGGAGUCUGAAGGCAUUAGGCCAAACGAGAUCACCUUCAUUGGUGCUUUAAGCGCGUGUAGCCAUGCAGGGCUAGUCGAAGAGGGUAAACGAUGUUUUCGCCUUAUGCAGGAGUAUAAAAUCGUGCCCAUGAUGGAGCAUUAUGGUUGCAUGGUCGACUUGCUUGGUCGAGCUGGGCUCUUGUGUGAGGCUGAAGAGCUCAUCCUAAGCAUGCCCAUGAAGCCCAACAUGAUAAUAUGGAGUGCGUUACUUAGUGCGUGCAGAAUCCAUGGUGAUUUAGAAAUGGGGGAGCAAAUCGGGAAAGGCUUGAUCGAAUCAGAACCAAAUCAUACUGGUCUUAAUGUGCUACUAGCAAAUAUUUUUUCAGCAUCAGGUAGAUGGGGUGACGCAAUGAAGAUCAGAGAGAGGAUAAAGGGUAAGGGAAUCCGAAAACCCCCAGGUUGCAGUACUAUCGAAUUGAAUGGUGAGGUUCAUGAGUUUGUUGCAGGCGAGAGCUCUCAUCCUCAGGCAGAGGAGAUAUACAAAAAAUGGGAAGAGAUAUACCGGGAGCUCAAAUUAAGUGGGCAUGUCCCGAACACUGCAAGUGUUCUUUUUGACUUGGGGGAGGAAGAGAAAGAAACUUUGCUUCAUCAACACAGUGAGAAAUUAGCAGUGGCCUUUGCUCUUAUGAAUACAAGACAUGGAAAGAUAAUUCGGAUUCUGAAGAACCUAAGGAUGUGCAAAGAUUGCCAUUCUGCGACGAAAUCAAUCUCAAAGAUUUUUGAUCGGAGGAUUAUAGUAAGAGAUCUUUUUCGCUUUCACGAUUUCAAGGAUGGAAGUUGUUCUUGUAUGGAUUAUUGGUGA